AUGUUUUGCGGUUUGAAGCGAUUUUUGCCAUCAGCAGCAACUUUUUCUAGAGUCGCCUCUGCUACCGGGAUCGUCAGCGUAGCUGUGGCUAAGCGAAAUCGCGUGGCGAAGCGGAUAUUCAUGGAGGAGCGGUUCCACCUCGAAUCAAGCUUUCCCUGCAUCAGAAUCCAAUCAAACCGCGCUGAAGCGAGGGGACAAAACCGCAGAGAAGCAUCAUGGCGUGGUGUGGAGGCGAAACCGCUGUGGCGAAAUCGUGGCGCGGAGGCGAAACCGCGGAGGGAGGAGCAUGGCGCUGAGCUCGCAACACCUGGCAGCCACGCUUCACCUCUCCCUCACUGCGCCACCCAGCAGCACGUCUUCAAGAGCUAA